AAAUUCAGCAGGACAUGCAUUUGUGAAUACCUAUAUUCAGUUCUAUUGCUACAAUUUUUUCUUAUCCUUUUAGUAUUGCUGAUAUUACUCAGUGGUGCAUGAUUAUUCAGAGGAAAACAGAUGGAUUUCCAGAUGAUUACCAAUACAACAAAUGGACCAGCCCAUUCAGAACCUCACCAACAGAAAUCCAAACAUAUUUCCACUUUCCAUGGAGAAUAUGAAGAGAAAGAAAAAGAAUCUGCUUUUCAAAACGUUGAAACAAAUUUUUCAAAUGUAUAUGGGUCAGAUUUGUUGCCAGCUUGGAAUGGUGAGGAAUGCACCAAACAUUUUCUUCAUGAAGUGGUAGAUAUUAUCUUCAGUUACAUCAAAAAGACUCUUGACAGAAAGAGCAAAGUGCUUGAUUUCCACCAUCCACAUCAGCUUCUGGAAGGGCUAGAAAGCUUCAAUUUGGAACUUUCUGAUCACCCUGAAUCUCUAGAGCAAAUUCUUGUGGACUGCAGGGACACUUUGAAAUAUGGUGUUAAAACAGGACAUCCCCGUUAUUUCAACCAACUCUCCAGUGGCCUUGACAUUAUAGGACUUGUUGGAGAAUGGUUGACAGCUACUGCAAAUACAAACAUGUUUACAUACGAAAUAGCACCAGUAUUCAUCAUAAUGGAGGAGAUCCUGCUGAAGAAAAUGCAGGAAAUUAUUGGAUGGGAAGAAAAGGAAUCAGAUGGCAUAUUUUCUCCAGGGGGAAGCAUAUCAAACCUCUACAGUGUUUUAGUUGCUCGCUAUAAAUACUACCCUGAGAUUAAAACCAAAGGCAUGGCAGCACUUCCAGAGAUCAUAUUGUUUAUUUCUGAACAUAGUCACUAUUCUAUAAAAAAGGCAGCAGCAGUUGUUGGAAUUGGGCUGGAUAAUGUUAUUGUUAUCAAAUGUGAUGAAAGAGGGAAAAUGAUUCCAACCGAACUGGAGGAAAAUAUUAUCAAAGUCAAGAGACAGGGAAAAAUACCACUGUAUGUUAGUGCCACUGCUGGAACAACAGUCUAUGGAGCCUUUGAUCCUCUUGUCAACAUUGCUGAGAUUUGUGAAAAAUACAAUCUUUGGCUGCAUGUGGAUGCAUCAUGGGGAGGUGGUUUACUAUUGUCAAGAAAGCAUUUCCAUAAAUUGAGUGGCAUUGAAAGAGCCAACUCUGUUACAUGGAAUCCUCACAAACUGAUGGGUGUUCCUCUACAGUGCUCGGCUUUUUUAGUCCAUGAAAAGGGUCUUCUCCAAGCCUGCAAUCAGCUCUGUGCUGACUAUCUCUUCCAAUCAGACAAGGCUUAUGAUACAGUUUAUGACACCGGAGACAAAUCAAUCCAGUGUGGCCGACAUGUUGAUGUCUUCAAACUAUGGCUAAUGUGGAGAGCUAAAGGCACAGGAGGAUUUGAAAUUCUUAUCAACAAAUUUUUGGAACUCGCAGAAUAUCUUUACAAGGAACUCAAGACAAGAAACAACUAUGAGCUGGUUUUUGAUGCUGAGCCUGAAUUUAGCAAUGUAUGCUUCUGGUAUAUCCCACCAAGUCUUCGACAUAUCCCAAAGGGGCCAGAAAGAGACAAAAGACUUCAUCAGGUUGCUCCAAAAAUAAAAGCAAGGAUAAUUGAAGAAGGCACUACGAUGGUUAGCUACCAGCCUUUAGGGGACAAUGUGAACUUUUUCCGAAUGGUCUUCUCUAAUCCAGCAACCAAAAAAGCAGAUGUUGAUUUCCUCUUGGAAGAGAUUGAAAGGCUUGGGAAGGAUUUAUGAUACUUAGAAAAAAAUGUAUUAUGGGGAUUCUUUACAGCAGAGUUUCUCAGCCUUGACAACUUUAAUGUGUGUAUUUCAACUCCCAGAAUUCCCCAGCCAGCCCUCUUGACUAGGGAAUUAUGGAAGCUGAAGUCCACAUGUUAGAGUUGUCAAAGUUGAGGAACGCAGAUCAACAGAGGUCUGUUAUUAUUUUUUUCAUAAAAGUUCUGCACUGUACUUUCCUUUCUUUCUGCUAUUUCUUGGGAUGAAAUUAAAAGGUUUGAAACAUAAUGGGAAAGGAGUUAGAUCUGAUGAAAUAUGUCAUUUUCCAAGAAGCUUGUAUUUGUGAGUCGACAAAGCAUCUUUUUACUCAAAGCAGUGAGCAUUGUUUUGCAUAGACUGCAGCCUAAAACCUCUUAAAAAAUUCAUGCAAUCAUGCUGUCUUGUAUGAUCACUUCAGUAAUCCCCAAAAGAAAUCAUGUUUGAGAAUCACCAUGCACAGUACAUACACUGGGUGUUUUAAAAAACCCACAUAGACACAUCUCAGGGCACCAUGCUCAGGGUUGAGACAGAUCCAAGAUGGCAGUCCUUCCCACUCCACUCAUUAACAACCAAUUAUUAUCAGAAAUACAGGUAGUCCUCGACUUACAAUGAUUCAUUUAGUGACUGUUCAAAGUUACGACACUGAAAAAAGUGACUUCUGACAAUUUUUUACACUUAUGACCGUUGCAGGCAGUGGUUGCAGCAGUGAUCAAAAUGUGGAAGUAAAGACAAAGUGGAAACUAAAAAAGACGAUUGGACUACAACUAGAAGUAACCCUGCAUAAUAAAUAUUAUUUAAAUCCUUUUUAGUCAGGGCUCAAGCCUAGUCAUGGGGCAAAAACACGUUGCUCAUUCUUUUGAUGGUCUAUAGCAGGGUGUGGGUGAGGAUGGCACACUUCACUUAAUCCAAUACUUUUGGAAAUAUAUGUGCUAAGUAGACACAGCCUAGUCAGAUAGGGUGCCCACUUUUUGUGAGACCAAGCAAGCAAGAGGGCAAAAGCCCUGACUAUGGCUUUCUUGGUAGCAACUCCAUCACUUCAGAGAAGCUUAUUCUACAAAGUCAAGAUGCUGUUCCCAUUCGGUAAUUAGAAAGAUGGUGAUAACAGUCUUCUCUCAUGGGGCAUUUGAAUAGAAGAGCAGUGACAGCAUCGGUAAUGAUUGCAUGGAUAUUAUUGGAUUGAUUUACAUAGAAUAUUGACCUUAACAUUUUUAAAAUUGUAAGCCAUUAGAAUCUAGUCAGUAGGC